GAUGAGUGUGUGUUGAAUCCUCAAGAGAGGAGGAAGGAAGCGAGAAGAGGGGGGAGGAGAGGCUUGAAGGGAGGAGGGGAGCGGGGCAGGUGCUGAUUUCAGCCCUGUAGCGUCAGGAUUGCGUCAAUUCGGGCUUCAGCCGCGUCUGGAGUCUCGGGGACGAGCUUCUCAGAAGAGCCAAAACAGGAACAGGGGUGGCAAAUCACUGUGUGAAAGAGAGUGGGCCUCCCUGACCGCCUCCUCCGGAUCCCCGGUGCCGGUCCCCGGGGCUCUGCGCUGUUGUUUUCAGCACUCAACGCCGGCGCUUCACAUCCAGGCAAGUGAAUCAAGCCAGACAGCUUUCCGUUCAGCACCUCGGACAGAGCACGCAGUCGAAAAAUGGCUCCGAUCACCACCAGCCGGGAAGAAUUUGAUGAAAUCCCCAUGGUGGUAGGGAUCUUCAGUGCAUUUGGCCUGGUCUUCACAGUCUCUCUCUUCGCAUGGAUCUGCUGUCAGAGAAAAUCAUCAAAGUCUAACAAGACUCCUCCGUACAAGUUUGUGCAUGUGCUGAAGGGAGUUGAUAUCUACCCUGAAAACCUAAGCAGCAAAAAGAAGUUUGGAGUCGAUGACAAAAAUGAAGUAAAGAAUAAACAAGCUGUGCCAAAGAAUUCAUUGCAUCUGGAUCUUGAGAAGAGAGACCUCAAUGGCAAUUUCCCCAAAACCAACCUCAAAGCUGGCAGCCCUUCUGAUCUGGAAAAUGUGACCCCAAAGCUGUUUUUAGAAGGAGAAAAAGAGGCAGUUUCCCCUGAUAGUUUAAAGUCCAGCACUUCCCUCACUUCAGAAGAGAAACAAGAGAAGCUGGGAACCCUCUUCUUCUCCUUAGAAUACAACUUCGAGAAAAAAGCUUUUGUGGUCAAUAUCAAGGAAGCCCGUGGCUUGCCAGCCAUGGAUGAGCAGUCGAUGACCUCUGAUCCAUACAUCAAAAUGACGAUUCUCCCAGAGAAGAAGCAUAAAGUGAAAACCAGAGUCCUGAGAAAGACCUUGGAUCCAGCGUUUGAUGAGACCUUCACAUUCUAUGGAAUCCCCUACACCCAGAUCCAAGAAUUGGCCUUGCACUUCACAAUCUUGAGUUUUGACAGGUUUUCAAGAGAUGAUAUCAUUGGAGAAGUCCUUAUUCCUCUCUCGGGAAUUGAAUUAUCUGACGGAAAAAUGUUAAUGAACAGAGAGAUCAUCAAGAGAAAUGUUAGGAAGUCUUCAGGGCGGGGUGAGUUACUGAUCUCUCUCUGCUAUCAGUCCACCACGGAUACUCUCACUGUGGUUGUCCUAAAAGCGCGACAUCUGCCUAAAUCUGAUGUGUCUGGACUUUCAGAUCCCUACGUCAAAGUGAAUCUGUACCAUGCCAAAAAGAGAAUCUCCAAGAAGAAGACCCAUGUGAAGAAAUGCACCCCCAAUGCAGUGUUCAAUGAGUUGUUUGUCUUUGAUAUUCCUUGUGAGGGUCUUGAAGAAAUUAGUGUUGAAUUUCUGGUUUUGGAUUCUGAAAGGGGGUCCCAAAAUGAGGUGAUCGGGCGAUUGGUUCUGGGUUCAGCAGCCGAAGGAACCGGUGGCGAGCAUUGGAAAGAGAUUUGUGACUACCCCAGGAGACAGAUCGCCAAGUGGCAUAUGCUCUGUGAUGGUUAGCAUCCUAGCCAUGAGUUGGAACUUAAAGAUUUUUACUAGGCAAGGAGCAAUUUUUUUUUCUUUCGAUACUGGAUUGCAAGCUUGUGACAGCAAGCUAUCAUUUUUUGUUAGAAAUGGAUUGAAUUAGUAGACCAGAAAGUAUCUAUAAAUGUGCAUCAUGAUAAUUUCCCCAUUUAUUAGAGGAGUUGGAUAAAUUUUUAUAAGAUAUUAAAUGUCUCCUAUAGGCUACCAGUGAUAUAAACAGGAAUGGUCAAGCAUUUUAUGAGUCCUGUGCCUGAAUCCCAAAUUAUGAAUGUGACAAUCUCAUUGGAACAUGUCACAAAAAGAUCACAUGGGGAUUGUUAAGACUUAAAAAUGAGAAGCACGCCUUGUCUUGUGAAAAUUUAUCCAUUGUUCUUCAGGCUGGGGAAAUCAAUUUUUCUUUAAAUCCAAAGAUAUUAAAGAAAUGUCCUCUAGUUUGUUUUUAUUAAUGACGUCAUGUGCAAAUGGUUGUCCUGCAUAUAAAAGUAUCUGGUCAUUACAGUUUGGUUUGUAAUUAUUUGAUACAAUUUUAUUAUGAGUAGUAACUUCGAUUCAUUUCAAAAGAACAGUGAACAAGCUGAAAAAUUAUUUUCUCUAAGGGCUGAGUUGAGAACACUGUGGCUGAAAUAUGAGUUUUCUCCCCCCUAAGGUUACAUGUGAGUCAAAAUGUUGUAAAAUAUAAACUCACAUAAGAACCAUGGCCUUGAAUUUUUCACUGCCUGUCACAAGCCUCAGUGUGGCCUAAGACACUCCUAUUUACCUUUGUGAAGUCGUCAUAUUAGCUAGUUAUUAAAGAAAUAAACUACGGUUAGAACUCCAGUUAGAAGUGCAGUUUUCUUGUAGGAAAUGUGUACAGUGUGCUAGCGUACUUUAAGGCCAUCCUUUGUACCCAGAGUGGGCUUGGCCACCUAAGUCUUCAUUUAAUUUAUUCUCCCCAGAAAAGACAAAGUUACUAUUUGAAAAGAAAAGGAAAAGACUGUAAAGUUUUAUACCUUGCCAGAUAGAAAAUGCUACUUAUCCAAUAGACAAACUAAUAAAACUAAAAAAUAGUAAAAGAGCAAGUCUAAUAUAAUUUACAUAGGUUCGCACAAAAUACACUUGAGCUGUCAAAUUAGCACAACAAAGAAUGUGUUUCACUGUCUUUUCUAGGCUAAUUUGUCUUGAGCUGUUGUCUGCAGAACAGUUUACAGCCUUGUGUCUUGUACAUUUUCCAGCACCAGAGUACUGAGAGUCAUUUAAAACCUGUUAGAGUAAAGAGGCACCUUGUAAUUAUUUAGAAAUAAUUACUCAAGGGUGAUGUCACUAUAUUUGAGUUUUUAGAGAAGUAUGAGUGAAACUCGGGUACAGUUGAAUCAUUAAAUAUGCAAGUUAGAAAUUAAGUCUACUGAAAAUUUUACAUUCUGAGUCAGGUUUUGUGUUGGUACUUUAGCAGUUUUUGAGAAUGUGUUUGAUAUCACAGUGUUUGUAAAUUCUAUGAAAAAAAUACAUUUUCCAAACAACUUAUACAUGCUUUUUAUGACUAUGCCGAAUAUAAAGAAAAAGUAUUACAUUCUGUAUGUACAAAGAUUGAAAACCAACCUCUUUUUUGUGCUUUAUUAUGACUUUGGGAUUAAAAAAAGUAUAUUCCCCAAUCUUUGUCUUCAUUCCACUACAAAGUCACCUCAUAGCAUUUUGGUCCACUCAGCAUUUCUGUGAAAGCAUCAUGAAGUGAACUGUAGUCAGUGUGUAGUUUGGGGAAGUCAAACGGCCUUUAUAUGGAUGUGUGUUUGGUAUCACAGGCCAUGAAAUAUAAUAUAUUUUGGAGCUCUGAAAAGUUGUAAUGAGCCAAUUUUAAAUAUCCUUCACAGUAGCCAGAAGUUCAUGAUGGUGCCAGCUAACGUAUAGUUGUUGGAAGAGGGUGGGUUUUUAAAAUGUAGAACAACAAAACCAACAACAAACACUUUUAAAAUUACAGUGGAUAAUUUGUAAAUAGUUUUUAGUUUUUAAAAUGUGUUUUUGAGUGUGAAAAGUUGAGUAAACCUAUCUGCAACUGGUUUUAAGAAAAGAAAGAAGAAAAAAAAGAAAUAAAUUGAAACAGGCAGGGAGACGUGAUCUCGUUAUUUCUGAAAAUUGUACUGUUUUAUAAUGCAUUACAAUAUCAAUGUGAAUAUCUUGAAUUCUGUUACAAAUCCUGCACUGUAUUAAACAUGUAAAUUAAUUGUUUGUCUGAAUAGCCAAUCUCGCCUUCCUAAUGGGGAGGCCUCUGUGUUUGAAGAACUGUGUAACUCAGUAACUGGCUUGUUCUGAUGUUGUAACUCAAUAGAAGUGAUUUGGAAGGAAGCAUGGUGUACGAGGCGGUGUCUGUUCUUUUGUGCCAGCUUUGUGUGAUGUUUGUAAGACUAUGUUUGUAAGACAUGAAUAAAUUGCUGCUUUUGCCCAACUCA